CUAGCUGCAUGAGGACAGCCCUGCCUGACCCCCGCCUGGACACGUGCUGUAAAGAAAGACCCUGAGUUUAAGAUUUUGUGAUCUUGUUUGUAUCCGUCCCAUCUUUCCUUUCCUUCCCUUUCUGCUGCUUUACACCCUUCUCCUGGCCUGUGUAGUUCCUGCUUCCUUCUUUCCUUAUCUUUCUCCUGCUCCACCUCCCGGCCUCUCCUUUCUCUUCACCUCAUUCUGCACCGGUGCAGCUGAUAGGAGGUGGGUCAGGGACUGCCCAUAAUCAGCAAAACCAUUUCUGGUGCAGAGAGAACAGAAGCCCAGAGAUCCCAGCAGCCAUGGCCUCAGUGACUCCAAUACGGGAAAUCCAAGAGGAAACCAAAUGCCCCAUCUGCCAGGAAUAUCUGAUGGACCCAGUGACAAUACACUGUGGGCACAACUUCUGCCGAGGCUGCAUCACUCAGCACUGUGAGACAUGGGCAGUGCUGGGCUCUGGCCCUUUGUGCUGCCCCAGCUGCAGAGCCCGAAUCCCGAAAGGGUCUCUCCGGAAUAACUAUCAGCUAGCAAAUAUAGUAGAAAAAAUCAAACUGCAUUUCAAACCAGGAAAUGAGACUCUGUGUGAGAGACACAGCAAAGCCCUGGAUCUGUUCUGUGAAGAGGACGGGGAAGCCGUGUGUGUGGUUUGUGAGAGAUCCCCAGAGCACAGCUCUCACACGGUGCUUCUCAUGGAUGAUGCUGCCCAGAAAUACAAGGAAAAAAUCCAGGCCCAUUUGAAGACUCUGAGGGAAGAGAGAGAAAAGCUCCUGGAAUCUAAAAUGACUGGGAAGGGGAAAAGCCAGUAUUUGAAACAGAUAGAAAAGAAGAGGCAGCAAAUUGUGGCUGAAUUUCAGCGACUGCGGCAGUCCCUGGAGGAACAAGAGCGACUCCUGCUGGCCCAGCUGGAGAAGCUGGACGAGGAGAUUGAGAGGAUCCAGAAUCAAAAUGUCAGUAAACUCUCUGAGCAGAUUUCCCAUGUCAGUGAGCUGAUCAGUGAGCUGAAGGAGAAGUGUCAGAAGCCAGCGAGUGAAUUUCUGCAGGACAUCAGAAGCACCUUGUGUGAGAAGGGGAAGUUCCAGCAGCCAGAGGAGAUUUCUCCUGAACUGGAAAAGAGACUCAGUGAUUUUUCCCAGAAAACUGUUGCUCUCAUGGAUACUCUGAGGAAGUUCCAAGACACUCUGCCAUCUGCACUAAAGAGAAAAAGGGGGGAACCCCUAGGAGUCCCCAGACUGGUGAAUGUGACUCUGGAUCCAGACACGGCUCAUCCCCAACUCGUCCUAUCUGAGGAUCGGAAAAGUGUGAGAUGGGGAAACACACGGCAGCGACUGCCCAACAACCCUGAGAGAUUUGACUCUUGGCCCUGUGUGCUGGGCUGUGAGGGAUUCACCUCGGGGAGACAUUGCUGGGAGGUGGAGGUGGCGGUUGGGCAAUACUGGGCUGUGGGGGUGGCCAGAGAGUCUGUGGGGAGGAAGGGACAGAUCAGCUGUAGCCCGGGGGGGGGGAUCUGGGGUGUGCAGCAGUGGUGGGGAAAGUUCCAGGCUCUCGCCUCCCCUGCGACCGCCCUGCCCCUGAGCCGGGCCCCCAGCAGGAUCCGGGUUUGUCUGGACUGUGACCGGGGGCAGGUGACAUUUAUCGAUGCUGGUGACGAGGCCCCGAUCUUCACUUUCCCGCCGGGCUCCGUCCCUGGGGAGAGAAUCCGACCCUGGCUCCGGGUGUGGAGAUCCCGGCUCAGACUGAGACACACAGCAGAGGCGGGAACUGGAAAUCAGCCUCUCUAG